UCUCACAUGCUUGAUGUCCUUAGUCAGUGUCAUUUUUCACCUCAGGUAAACUGACGAACCUUUGUGGGGUGGUUUUUCACCUUGAAGAGACAAGAGGAAUAGAGAAACAACAUGGAAGUCGCAAAUGAAAGCAAUGUUGAGAAUGGGCGUGAUGCUCAACAAGUGACUAUCCCAAUGAAAUCAAUUGGGACUCCGGAAACACCGGCUGAUCGGGUCCCACCUGGUGGUGGUUUGGUGGGGCGUGACGGCGCGAUGAACGGCACCACAGUGACAGUGGAGUCGAACGGGACAAGCCUUGAUGAUGUACCGGUGUUAUUGGAAGAUAAACAUGAGACGGAUGAAUUUUCUUUCUUCCAGAAAUCAAAGGGCGGAUGUGACAAUCUUGCCUAUGUACAUGAUGACAACCACAAGUUAAAGUUUCAGCAACCAAUCAUGGAUUAUGGUGAUGUGGGCAGCACUUUUAGCGAAGACUGCCAUUUUCCUUCUAGACGAAAUGUCAUCAUCGUCAUGGUUGUUAUGCUGUGCAUCUUGGUUGCUAUAGUCUUCCUUAUGAUCGGCCAUGUUACUGGGAAAAACUCAGCGGGACCGGGAUGGGGCGAAGCAGAACCGACCAGCGCACCAGGACCAUUACCUCCAAAUACACGAAGGCCUUCUUCAGGUGUAGUUACAGACGGCAAGCAUGAGUUUGACUACCCUACAACGAAUGGUGCUGUUGGCAGCAGUCCAGCACCCACACUACCGGAGAUUACAUCUUCUUUUGAAGAUGAAGAGAAAUCGUGCGGUAGUCGGCCGGGUUAUGACCCACCACUUCAUCGCAUCGUACAAGGUGACAUCGUGGAGACUGGGAAGUGGCCUUGGCUGCUCUCACUCCGUAUUCUGGUGAACACCAGCGACGCGGAAAAAAAACACAUGUGCGGAGCUACACUCAUCGCAGACCAAUGGGCAACCACUGCAGCACACUGCGUGGCUUCACCAAAUUCCUUAGGGGCCCUCCUUGACGAGGUUAUUGUCGGUGACACUCACAUCGAAGUCCAAUCUCCCCACCAUCAGCUUAUACCUAUUGAGCGUAUCAUCGUGUACCCUGGCUACAACCCACACAUAUACAUCCACGACUUGGCCCUGCUGAAACUCGCCUGGCCGGUUGAGCGUACUGCUUUCAGUGGGCCGGCCUGUCUGGAUGGGAGUGGAGGCGCUGCUGUGGGCCACAGUAACUGUUACGUUGCUGGAUGGGGGCGGACUGAGUUCAGAGGAAAUGUUUCUCUGGACCUCCUUGAUGCCAAGAUGAAAGUUGUUGACAUCGACCACUGUAUUCAACGCUAUGAAGGUUUCAAGAGGAUUGGAUUCACUCCAAACCAAGGAAGUAUCUGUGCUGAGCCUGCGGACAAUGCUAGAGAUGCUGGUCCAUGCAGGGGUGACAGUGGCGGACCGUUGUUGUGUGAGGGAGAGGACGCUAGGUGGUAUUUAGCUGGGAUUAUUAGUGUGGGUGUCGGAUGUAACUCUACUGCAUUCCCUGUUGUUACGACACGGGUAUCCGCCUACGUGGACUUUAUUGAAAGUACCAUAGCUGGUGAAAGUCCAUCACUGAAUGAUCGUUCAAUGUGUACAGAGUUGACAUCCCAUACAUGCGAUGGUCUUCUUCCGUAUACUUCCGUUUUUACCACGAACCAAUCGGACAUCAAUGCUGUUGCCGAUUCCAUGCUUGCCAUAAACCAGUCGUGUAGUGCGGAGUUUGCAACGUUGGUGUGCUCUCUAUUGUACACUGGAUGUUCGGCUGGUCGGGCGUUGGUACCUUGCAGGGGAUACUGCCAAACAGUAGCAGCCAAUUGUAGCGAGGCUUAUGCUGAGGUGAUGGGCAUCCAGUUCAUGGAUAUAGCAAAAUGUGAGAAGCUGCCGGAAGCCACGGAUCCCGAUCAGAUGAUGUGUUACAAAGACGAAGACUCACGCUGUGGGGAGGUAACCAUGACGCUCAGCCCAAACAGUCACAAGCGACUACAGUCGCACAGAUUCCCAAACCCGUACGGGACCUACCUAGACUGCAGUUACAUCAUCACUGUACCAACCGAUCACCUGAUUCUUGUGAAAACACGCGAGUUGAAUAUUGAGAUGUCGGACUUGUUAGCGAUCGGAAACGGACACGAUGCCAGCAAUAAGUCAACGAUAUUUGCCAUGCUUCGUGGAGAAGAUGAACCGAAGGUACUUUGGUCAGCGGGGAACUUAGCGUGGAUACGGUUCACAUCAGCGGACUAUUGCUCUGAAGAAAAAACUGGAUUUGAUCUUGAAAUACACGCCAUUCAUUCAUCUAAUGCAUCAUUGUUUUGUAGCGUAACCUUCGAUGCUGGGUUAGUUGUGGUUUCUGAUUGGUGGAUUUGUGAUGGCGUCGUUGAUUGCCCCUCGGGAUUGGAUGAGAUGGACUGUCGCGAACUCCCUGAUGUGCUAAAUACAGCAACGUGUGGUAUCCAGACUUCUGUAUCUCCUAGCAGCAUUCAAUAUAGGAUAGUGAAUGGGACUAAGGUUGAGCUAGGAACCUGGCCAUGGAUGAUUUACCUACAGCUGGAUAGGCCGGACGGAUUAGUGACGUGCGGAGCAACACUAAUCGCUGACCAAUGGGCAAUUACGGCUGCGCAUUGUGUCUCAACACCAAAUUCAAUGGGAGUACUCAUCAAUAACGUCGUCAUCGGAGACGUCCUACUGACGGAACCGUCGUCGCACCACCAGAAAGUUGAGAUUGAGAGAAUUUACCCCCAUCCGGGCUACGAUAGGAAGACACUCGUCAAUGACAUCGCCUUGCUGAAGCUAGCGAAGCCGGUCCGGUUUACUCCGUAUGCUCGGCCUGUCUGUUUGGACGAUGACUCGAACAUCAGGGAGAAGUAUUCCACGUGUUACGCUGUGGGUUGGGGGUUUACACAGUUUAGAGGGAAACAGUCCAACCAUCUUCUGGAAGGAAACAUGGUGAUGGUGACAAUUGAAGAAUGCAUCGAAUGGUACCAGAAAUUCCAGGUCUGGGGACUAACAAUGACUGAUAGAGUAUUGUGUCUGAAACCAGCGGAUUCAGUUAUGCCCUCAACUGCGUGUAAUGGAGACAGCGGGGGACCAGUGAUGUGCCAGGGAGCCGAUGGUAGAUGGAACAUAGUUGGAAUUGUAAGCCUCGGUGUACGAUGUUCCGAGCAUCCGGUCGUUACGACUCGUAUCUCCUCCUACAUGGACUACAUCACCAAUGUCAUUAAAGGAGAUCCACAUCCUGCCAAAUGUGAACCAAUCCACUCAGAAACAUGUUCCGGUGUUCUCCCCUACGACCAGACAUUCAGAACCACUGAAGAGUUCUUCGAACCAGUGAUUGCUAUCCUACAAGAGAACGUAACAUGCCCCUCGGUCAACAUGACGCAGAUCAUGUGCAUGACGAUGUUCCAACAAUGCACCGCGGACGGGCGUUCACGGGUUCUCUGCAGAGAGUACUGCGACGAGGUUGUCAGUCAAUGUGAAGAUGUGUAUAGGAACGCCACUGGUAUGCCGCUGAGGGGCGUUGUAGGGUGUUCUUGGUUACCAGCUGCCGGAACGAAGGAUCAGAUGCUUUGCUAUCGAGAUGAAGACGCCCGAUGUGGAAACCAGUCUGAGAUUUUCCUUCAGCCGUCUGACGACCCCACGUUGCUCCAGUCCAAUAACUACUCCGGCUUUUACGGUACUCUCCUAGACUGCAUCACAAUCGUCUCGGCACCGCCUAACCAUCGCAUUGUAGUCAAGGUGCUAGACUUAUCCGUGAAUGAGUGUUGCGAGCCGUUGACGUUCGGUUCGGGCAAUGACGCGCACAACAAGUCAACAACUAUAGCGAGGUUCCUACGGACUGAAGACAUCGUAGAACUGGUUGUGUCUGCCGGUUCAACGAUGUGGAUAAGGUUUUCUACAGCAACUAAAGUAUCGCUAACGCGAGGUUAUUCUUUGGAGAUGUAUGCUGUUAAUGAAACUCUCGUACCAUCCAUGUGCAAUAAAGCCUCCACCGAGUUCCCUUACACCCCUCCUGAUUGGUGGACAUGUGAUGGGAUAGUCGAUUGUCCAGAAGGGGUAGAUGAAGAAGGAUGUGCUACAGCCCCUCCAGAAUACAACGAUACCAUCAACCAAGAUGGUUGCAGUGUUCGUUCGGCCGAUCCGUCAUUUCGUAUCAUCGGUGGUACGGAUGGUGAGAUAACAAGCUGGCCUUGGCUGGGGUCUCUGCGUAGACUGAAGAGCAAUACACACAUUUGUGGAGUGUCACUGAUCGCCCCACAGUGGGCCAUUACGGCUGCGCAUUGUGUCCCUGAACAAUCGUUAAUCAUAGGUUCCCUGAUAGUUGUAUUUGGUGAUGACAAACUGAACGAGACGUCUGCGUAUCACACAGAGACCGAAGUGGAGUCUGUCUACACCCAUCCAGGCUUCAAUUCCGUCACGGUCGAGAACGACAUUGCAGUUCUAAAGUUGGCGACUCCGGUGACGUACUCUGAACGCGUGACCCCGGUUUGUCUCAACACGCCCGUAAGCAUUACGUCGGAUCUGUGUUACGUGGCUGGAUGGGGUUUCAGUAAUACAACAUCAGAGUUUGAGGCAUCAGCGACGCUGCAAGAGCUUAGCGUUUCUCUCAUGACACGAACUGACUGUCUUCAAGCUGUCGGCCAUCUUGGAUUGUAUGGUAUCGUCGCUGAAAACAUAUUAUGUGCCCGUGGUACCAAUGGAGAGAGCCCAUGCAGUGGUGAUAGUGGUAGUGCGUUGGUAUGCAGGACCAAUGAGGGCAUCUGGUACCAAGUAGCCAUCGUUAGUGCAGUAUUUGGAUGUAGAUCACGACCAUUCCCAGGGUUCUACACAAAGGUCUCCCCUUACAUAGACUUCAUAGAAUCGGCCAUGCUUGGAGACCCCAAACCCACUUGUGAGACGCUACAGCCCUCGAACUACACCAGUGCGGUCCAGUACUCCAACACCUACGCCACAUCACAGACGUAUUACCAGGAAUUUCUCAGCCAGUUUGAAGGAACCACAGCUUGCUUUGAGUUCCUGUCUAUGACACUCAUGCCUGGAUGUGAACCACCGCUGGUACCUUGCCGAGACUUUUGUCAGAAGAUGUUGGCCAACUGUAGCGGUGUCUUCAAUACCACUGAGGGGCCAUCCCUAGAGUGGGUGAUAGACUGCUGGUCCUUCCCUGUCGGACCAACCCCAGACACAGUGGCAUGUGUACAUGGCCACGAUGCCAGAUGCAGUACGAGUGCCGACAAUGGUCAACUCAACGUCACCGAAGAUCAACAUGUGAUCUUACACUCGCCACACUACCCAUCGUACGACGCAUCGUUACGCUGCACGUGGACGAUCACAGGACCCAUGACGUCACAAGGACUGCUCUUCAAAUUCCUCUCCUUUGAGUACGCCGUGAACGACCGCAACGUGCUAGCCGUCGGUCACGGUAACAAUCCAGGGAACUUGAGUACAGUCGUAGAGCGAUAUAAUGGAUCCGUCAAUGGGAGACCUCUGUUGGUUCGGUCCAGAGAAGCCUGGGUGUGGUUCUCUACGGUCGGCAUGGCGAUGUGCUCGGAGGACGAGUUGCAGCUUGGUGGAUUCAAGCUGGAGAUUCACGCAACAAAUAUUCACGAUGAGGCUUCACUGUGCAUUGAUGAAUUAGGAGAGUCUGGGAACCUGACCUCGAUGCCUGCGUGGUGGUAUUGCGACACCUUCCCGGAUUGUCCAACAGGAAUUGAUGAGGAUAAUUGCCCACCCCCCUGGCUCAAUGCAUCAUAUUUCGAUGACUCUGUUUCAUGCGGGAUUAAAGGCGUUUGGGAACGUCCAGCAAACCGCAUCAUAGGUGGAUCCCCAUCAUCUGCUGGUACCUGGCCAUGGAUGGUGUCCCUACGAGAUAGUACUAAGAACAAGACACACUGGUGUGGGGCGUCACUGAUUUCUCCGUACUGGGCCAUCACAGCGGCACAUUGUCUAGGUUUCUUCGACACUGCAGUCCUCGGUAGCAUUGAACUAGACAACCCCUCUCCCUACAACGUUGAGAUCCAAGUGAAAGACGUCUACACUCCCAUUGGCGCGCUGGACUUUGGAGCCGUCGAGCAAGCCGAUGUGGCCCUCGUUCGUCUUGCCAACCCUGUGCAGCUUAAUCACCAUGUUAACAUUGCCUGUCUACCAGAAGCCAAUUCUACGGUUCCGCCAGGUACAUUAUGCUACAUCAUUGGAUGGGGGCAUCAGCAGCAAUAUGGUGUAGUUUCUAAUGAACUCCAGGAGGCCGAGGUACCGGUUCUCUCUCAGAGUGCUUGCCAGUCCAUGGCACCAUCUGAUGUGGUUAUGGGAGAUUCCCUUAUGUGUGCUGGUCUCACAUCGGGUGGCGUUGAUACAUGCCAGGGUGACAGUGGUGGACCAUUAUUAUGUCAAGGGACAAACAACAGGUGGUACAUUGCUGGCGUGACUAGUUUCGGCACUGGGUGCGGCAAGCCUAAUAACCCAGGAUUCUAUACGUCGGUGGCAAGUUUUAUUGACUUCAUCUUAGCUGUGGUGAGCGGCGAGGGGGAUUCUGUCGCUAACAAAACUGAAAUAUUCUCGUAGUUACAAAUGCGGUUAUUGGAUCUUGGACUGCUGAUAUAAUCUUAGACUGCUAGUACUUGAUUAGACUGAUGUAAAUAAUAAGUUGGGAUGAGGAAUUCAGUCUUUUAUCUGAAUUCAGACCGUAACAACCACGCACUCACUCAGUCGACCCAAGUUGUCACGUUGCCGAAUGUUUGAGUCGGGCUCGAUGUCUGACGCGCCACACAACUCUAUCCUGCAUACAAUUGAUUAGCUUCUCCUUGAUGUUAACUCCUGCAACCAAGUAACAGAUUUAUAGAGACAUUCCACCAAUCUCUGCUGCUGUUGCUCAAUGCAGAGUCUGCUUUGUUGACCACUGCCAUCGUGCUCAAGACCAGGUCAUACCUGAUGUGCUGUUUUGGAGACCCCAUGCGCUAAUGGAGGACGUAGACCACUCAUCGACAUGAUCGGUAGAGACCUUCCAAUCAUGAUGAGGGAUAAACACCUCUGGCGUGCGUUGUACAUGGAAUCUCGAUUGCGACCGCUAAAUAAUGAUGUGACCAUGUGAUCAAGAUGCGGUAUUUUUUUCCAAAUUAAAUAAGUCGGGCUUUUGGAUCUACUUAACUUGUGCUGAGGAUACUGUUUCCAGAAGCUACAUCAACAUGAUCGGUAGAGAUACGGAGUCUAAAAUUGAGGAACUUCCAAACAUGAUGAGGGAUAAACACCUGUGACGCGACGUUGUGAAUGGAAUCUCGGUUGCGAUCGCUAAAUGAUGAUGUUACCAUGUAAUCUUGGAUCUACAUGUAUGUGUACUUAUCUAGUGCUGAGGAUACUGUUCCCAGAAGCUCUGUGGAAUCUAUAACUCCAGGGGUUAUCAAAAGGUGGACAUGCCAUCAUGGCAUCAUUUCUAGCUUGCAUGCAUAACCCCUGCCACAACAACCCUGCUGAGAAGUGGUCUUUGUUUGAUGGGCCAUUCUCUUCGGAGACCUGAGGUGCCUCUCGCUACCUUCUUAAAUCCACAAAACCAGCCAUCUGAACCCUUUCGACAGUGUGGAAGCCUCCGCUGCACCUACAUAUCUCAGGUUAUAGACGACCUCAACGCCAUCGGCCUACAAUACGAUCAAGCUGUUCAAGCUGCCCAGGAUCGGCCUGGAUGGUUCAGACGAGGCUCUAACAUUGGACAAACCCGUGGUCACAACGUCUCGAGCCGAGUUUGGCCCGAGUAGCGUCAACUAUAUAUAUAGCUUGCGUCAGUCUACUGACGAUGACCAGAGCAAGCUAGUCAAAACGUUGAGACCGAUUAAGAACUCACUCUCCGCGGUAAUGAAGUUUAUAACAAUAAGUCCACAUCAACCCACACUGUAUACGACCACGGAGCACUGCCAGAGAUCGAAAGUGAUUUACUUUUCUGGAUCGAGAAAAACCGGGGGAGUGCCUGGAGAGUGGCAUAGUAGAUACCCAAUGCACAACUCUACUCACACUUAGCUUGGAAUCGAACCUGGGGCACAGUGGUGAGAGGAAAGCACUUUACGCACUGUCCAUGUACAACUCUGCUUCAAAUGUCUUCAAUAUUUGCAUGUAAUUUUUUUGUUUUGCCCGUACCACACUAUAUCAAGGAUGAGAUUUCUCAAGAUAUUUCCUGGCCUCAGGAUUUCCUAAACAUUUUCUUGAGCCUUCAAAUUUUCUUUAAGGAGUAAAGUGAAAAAUAAAAUUUCACAUUGUAUCCAAAUAAUGUUGUGAACUGUUUCUGGUGAUGCACACCCCUGGAGUUAUUAAAACCCAGGCCUAAAAGCCAAUUUUGAGGAAUUUUCACUUUUGGCAGAUCUUCCUGGCUACAUAUGUCAGCACUGGAUUGCAUUGGUGUUGGUCAGGGUCCUAUUUCAUAGAGCUGUUUAAGCACAAACAGCAGCUAAGCACAACAAAAGUAUGCUUACCUGAAUAAGG